CUCCACGCCAAGGUUAGACAAAAUGCCAGGAAUGUUCUUCUCUGCGAAUCCAAAGGACUUGAAAGGAACGGAUCAGUCACUUCUAGACGACAAAACGCAAAAAAGGAGGCCAAAGACUUUUGGGAUGGACGUGAAAGCAUAUCUGAGAUCUAUGAUCCCACAUCUGGAAUCUGGAAUGAAAUCUUCUAAGUCUAAGGACAUACUCUCUGCUGAUGAAGUAAUGCAAUGGUCUCAGUCUCUGGAAAAACUUCUUGCCAACCAAACUGGUCAAGAUGUCUUUGGAAAUUUCCUAAAGUCUGAGUUCAGUGAGGAGAAUAUUGAGUUCUGGCUGGCUUGUGAAGACUAUAAAAAAACAGAGUCUGAUCUUUUGCGUUGCAAAGCAGAGAAAAUAUACAAAGCGUUUGUGCAUUCAGAUGCUGCUAAACAAAUCAAUAUUGACUUUCACACUCGAGAAUCGACAGCCAAGAAGAUCAAAGCACCAACCCUCACAUGUUUUGAUGAAGCCCAGAAAGUCAUAUACACGCUUAUGGAAAAGGACUCCUACCCCAGGUUCCUCAAAUCAAAUAUAUACUUAAAUCUGCUGAAUGACCUUCAGGCUAAUAGUCUCAAGUGACCAGUUCCUGGCUGGAGGGAAUUAAAGAUGGUAUCAAGAACAGAAGGAAUGUGCCAGAAUGGCUCCCU